UUUCUAAGUUAGAGAGCAUGGAUCUCUCUUGGAAUCAGUUGAGGAGUAUUCCAGAUAGCAUCGGGCAACUUUCUAAGUUAGAGAGCAUGGAUCUCCUAGGGAAUCAGUUAAGGAGUAUUCCAGAUAGCAUUAGGCAACUUUCUAAGUUAGAGAGCAUGGAUCUCUCUUGGAAUCAGUUGAGAAGUAUUCCAGAUAGCAUCGGGCAACUUUCUAAGUUAAAGAGCAUGGAUCUCUUAGGGAAUCAAUUGAGGAGUAUUCCAGAUAGCAUCGGGCAACUUUCUAAGUUAGAGAGCAUGGAUCUCUCUUGGAAUCAGUUGAGGAGUAUUCCAGAUAGCAUCGGGCAACUUUCUAAGUUAGAGAGCAUGGAUCUCUCUUGGAAUCAGUUGCGGAGUAUUCCAGAUAGCAUCGGGCAACUUUCUAAGUUAAACAGCAUGAAUCUCUCUGGGAAUCAGUUGAGAAUAGGAUUUCCUAAAUGGCUUCAAUUACUAAAGACAAUAAAAAUGGUUGGUCUCUCUAAUGCUAGCAUCUCAGGUCCUCUUCCAGAAAACAUAGAUCUUGCAGAUAACAAUUUGACAGGAAGGAUUCCUCCUUGUUUUGGAAAGUUUCCGAUUAUGGUGAAUGCAACACAAUUGAUCUAUGGCUCAGGUGAUGGAUAUUGGGAUGAGGCACCUUUGAUGGAGGUUGUGAAAGGGAGAUACCUUGAGUAUAAAAGAAAAACUCUGAGACUCGAGAUUAGUAUAGAUCUUUCAAGUAACAAUCUAAUAGGAUCUAUACCAGAGGAGCUAAUAUUCCUCAAGGAUUUGCACAAUUUGAAUCUAUCUUGGAAUCAUCUCUCAGGAAAGAUCCCUGAGAAAAUUGGACAAAUGGAAAAUUUGGAGUCUCUUGAUUUCUCCAAGAAUGGCCUUUCAGGAAGGAUCCCGAACAGCAUGUCAAGUUUAACCAAGUUAAGCCACCUCAACUUGUCCUACAACAACUUAUCAGGGCCCAUUCCAACAGGCUAUCAGCUCCAAACACUUGAAGAUCCAACCAUGUAUGCUGGCAAUCCUCAACUCUGUGGAGCUCCACUCUUGAAUAGAUGCUCAAAUGAUAAACUACCUCCGACAACCGCCAACUUCAAGGACAACGAUGAAAGUGCACUUAAAAGAAUGUGGUUUUACAUUGUCGUGUUGUUAGGCUUUGCAACUGGAUUUUAGGGAGUUGUGGGAACUUUGAUUUUGGUAAAAAAUUGGAGAUAUGCUUAUUUUAAAUGGAUGGAUGAUGUCCAACACUGGAUACUUGGGGUUAUAACAUUGAAGGUGGCACGAUUCAAGAAGAUGUUCAAUGGCAACCAAGAUGAUUAGUAAGUUAUAUAUGGAGUAUGUUGUUGUUGCUACAUUUAUUAUUAAGUUAGUUGGACAGCGUUGUGUUGCAAGGUAUAGUGUCAAGUCCAACUUUGAAUGGUCGAACAUUGAAUUGGUCAAUUUUAAAUGAACACAUAUGUAUUAG